AAGAACACCCCCAUUUCACCUGCCAAUUUUACUGGGAGUGGAAAAUGAAGAGGUAUAGGAAUGGAGAAAUAUGGGAUUUUGAGGAAGAAAUGCAGCUUGGAAAUGGAUUUUGUGAUCAGAGAGAAGUCAUACUGGGAUUGGAUGGUGAUACCACUUGUACUGUUUGUGUUUGUAUGCCUCUUAUCCCUUUUGCUGAUGAACUACCUGACCCUCCUCCUAUUCUCUCACGAGCAGUUGCUGGAUGCUCCAAUCACAAUAGCGUCGGAGAAAGCGCCGCGAGGGAUGCUUUAGAGCUAGUCAUGGCUGAUGCUCUUUCAAAAGCAGGCUCAACACGUUUCUGUGUGCAAGCUGUUUGUUUGGCUGUCUCUGGUGUCAACCAUCCAACAGAUAUAGAACGAAUAAUGAACUGGCUUAGAGAUAUAUUCCCCAGCCAUGUCCAAUUCUUUGUUCAGAAUGAUGCUGUUGCAGCUCUUGCAAGUGGAACAAUGGGAAAGCUUCAUGGUUGUGUCCUUAUUGCUGGUACAGGAACAAUUGCUUAUGGUUUCACUGAAGAUGGGAGAGAUGCUAGAGCUGCUGGUGCUGGGCCUGUAUUAGGAGAUUGGGGAAGUGGAUAUGGUAUAGCUGCACAGGCAUUGACUGCUGCAGUUAGAGCCUAUGAUGGUCGUGGUCCAUACACUGCACUUACGCCAAGUAUUCUAAGGAAGCUGGAUCUUUCUUCUCCUGAUGAGCUUAUUGGGUGGACCUAUUCAGAUCCAUCUUGGGCUCGGAUUGCGGCUCUUGUUCCAGUGGUAGUGACUUGUGCAGAGGGAGGUGAUGAAGUAGCAAAUAAGAUAUUGAGAGAUGCGGUUCAAGAAUUAGCUUCCAGUGUUAAAGCUGUUGUUAGAAGACUACAGUUGUGUGGUGAAGAUGGAAAUGAUACAUUUCCUCUUGUUAUGGUUGGAGGUGUUCUUGAAGCCAACAAGAAAUGGGAUAUAGGAAGAGAAGUCAUUAACUGUAUAUGCAAGGACUUCCCGGGGGUUCAUCCCAUUUGUCCAAAGGUGGAACCUGCCAUUGGAGCUGCUUUGCUUGCUUGGAACUUGUUGGCUAGGUAUAGUCGACAAGGGACUUUGAGAAGUGAAACCUAUUCUUCUUAAGAUACUUGAUCAAUUGUACAGCGCGUAAGGAUGAAUGGAAGGUUAUUUCAGCAUGUAUUCCAGAAUGGAAAAUAUGUGUUUUGUUUUUCCAUUUUUGUUAUAUAGAUUCUUCUUCCUCUUGAUCAAUUUUUGUUCAUCUUCUAUAUACUGAGUUGCAAUAAGUUAGUAAAGGUAAAGUUUGUUUAUCAUUUGUUGUAUUC